AUGGACAGUUUGGCGGCAGAUGCCCAUAAGGAUCAAAGCAUUGUGAAGGUCUACAUCCACGACGAAAGCGAUAUCGUCCGCUUGGAGCUGCCCGUACCACCGGCAGCAGUCAAUUUUGAAAAAGUCGACGCCAUCAAGAAGACGAUCGCCGAUGCAACGGGCCUUAGUGUACUGGUGAAGGAUCUGCAAUAUCAUCACGAAGAGGGUGCACUCAUCUAUGACAUCACAGACCUGCGAUUGGUCUUGGUGAAUCGCACAACAUCUGAGAUUAUCCCUGCGGAGCGAGCCAUAGCAAUCGCGGACAAGCACCGCGCUGAUAUGGGCCCACGUGUAACCUCGUCGCCUGUGAUGCACCAUUCCAUUCCUCCACUUGCCUAUGUGCUCUCAGUAUUUGCACUCUCACUCACAAUGAUCUUCAUGAUAUUCGGAUUCAUGAUGUGCCAUUAUAGAAACAGGUUCAAACGAGAGAAGAAGCUGCGAGAGGAUGAUGUCGUCAUUGCAAACUCCCUAGUCAGGCCACCAAUAAGGCCAAUGAAGAUCUCGCCAGUAAUUCCUACACGCACGUUUGCGCCACACAUCCCGGCCAUCGACGGGGAAUACGCUGUACAGGAGGUGAAGAUGGUGGUCGGUGGGUCUGAUGAGAAGCAUCGACGAUCGAAGCCCUGGUAG